AAUCUUUGUCCGCUAACGCGGAUAUCAGUGGUGUUCUAUGUAAUUGUGAUUGUCAUUGAGCAUUUAUAAUUCUCGAUUCUCAAACAGAGGCAUCACCGCUAGUGGCGUUGCUGAUAACGUAAACUAAACUUACCAAACAAACCGUAGCUUUAUUUUCUAAUCUGAUCAUUUCCCGAGCAAAAGGAAAAGGAGAUACCCGAGCAUGCGUCAUUCUAUUGCAACGGUCCUAUGCGGGACUCGCGGAGGAGGCUUGGGCGAAUGCCGCGUCCGUCAUAUAGGCCCCAAUCAGGCAAACGACAUACCCGAACCAUCGUCCGAGCCGCCGGACAUCAGGGGUCUCAAUCAACUCCAGGCCAACCGCGAGACAUGGCUGAACGGUGACGCCAUUGAGAAGUCCAUCAGCUCAUACCACGAGGCUCUCCCGAGGCAGACGCGGAAGAUCAUUCACAUCGCAGACACGAGCAUCCGGGGCAUCUUCCACCGAAACGAUAGGGAUUUCAGAAGACUUUUGGAGGGGCGUAAUAAUAGGUUCUACAGAGGUUUCAUGGCAACCGAAUACACCCUGUGGCCGUGUAAUUAUGAGGAUGUCCAUUGGGAGUUAGUGGUGAUACACAAAGGUCGAUCCGAUGCGAACAGCGAAAAGUGGGAUCAGAUUCUUCAAGUAGCCGUCAUCGAUCACUGGAAAGACGACGGUGCCAGAGCAAGAAAUCAAAUGAUCACGACGAGGUUACGGCAGCUUUUUGACGCUAUGGGAUUCUUGAUCGCAGAUGGCUGCGAACGUGCCGUGUGGACGCCCUGGCAAAAGGAUUCUUGGAGCUGUGGGCCCCGCGUAUUCUGGUCGGCGAAACAUAUGAUGGACCGCAUCCAGGAGAGUGUGGCGGCAAGUAGAGGAUACGAUGAACAGCUCUGGGCUCCCCUGCCCGGGUGGUUUAACGCGGACCAGGUGCGGUGGGAGAUGAUUGGCCUUAACGCGUAUGAAGCUGUUAAAGCCAUGGACUAUAGAGCAAGAAUCGGCAUCGAACUGGUUGCCCGUGUGCUAGACAAGACGGGGAACUUGCGGGAUGCUGGAGAUGUGAUGCGACCACCUGACCGUGGUGCCGGCGGCCCCGGCGGCCCGAGUGGUUCGAGCGGGAAGCAAUCGAAGAAGCCACCCAACUUGCCAAAAAAGUCAGGCCAGGAAAGUGACGAUGACGAUCUCAUCAUGCUUUCACCCAAAACGCCCAAAAAAUCAAGACAGGAAAAUGACGAUGACGAUGUCAUCGAAAUUUCACCCGAAGUACCAGCUAGACGAGAGGUUCCUAUACCCAUUCCUAAUGAGCGGAGAGUGGCGCCGUCGUUCCCGGUCCAGCAAGGUGACCCGAGUACCGAGCGAAGAGAGACGCCGAACGAUACUAAUGUCUGGCCAAGGAACACCGAAGGCCAGCCGCCGCAAUUGAGUGCUCCAAAGCGGCGACGACGGACAUCUGCUCCUGAAGAAAGCACGAAAUUCUUAAAAAGCAACGAUGGGUCCAAAGGAGCGGGUCCGGGUCCCAAAAAGUCUUGAUAAAUCAGGCACUUUAUAAAUGACGGCAGGCGAUUC